ACCCUUUGCUUUUUACUUAUUGCCCCCUUUUACUCGGAACCCAAACUAAACCCUCCACCCUCGGUGCGCAACCAGGAAGCAAACAUGUCGAACUCCGGCGACGCAAAUGCAGCAGCACAAGAGCAAGAACAAGAAUGGGCGACGAUGGCUCAAGCAUGGCUGUGCUCCUUCCCGGAGCCCAAGGAAGUGACCAUGGCGGAGGUUGAAGCUUGGAUCGACUCUAACCUCUCUUCUCUCCCUGAGGGUAUCCAAUCCAUGCCUCGCCCAGAUCUUUGCCAUAGACUCAUCUCCAUUCAAAAUUGCAUGAGACUCCCUAAUCAGGAAAAGGAAGGAAAUAAUGUUGAUGUUCCUCAUGCACGAUUUCAACGCACUGAUCAAUGGCUUCCUGUGUAUGCUUGGUUAGAAACAUUAAACAAGGACGAGGUAGUUAAGUCUAAGGAAAUUUCUGAGUGGUUAGAGCAGAACCCUGAUAUCCAAGAACAGUUAUGCUCCAGGCAUACUCGUUAUCACUUGAUGCAUUAUGUCAAAAAAUGCCAUUUCAAAAUAUUGAAAAGAAGACAAAAGGGGAAGGGUUUAGAGCUGCCUGGCAAAGAGUUGUCAUUAAAAGUUCAGAAAGAUGUGCCAAUGAAACGCCCAGCCCCACUUCCAAGUACUCCUGUAAUCAAUCUUCCCAGAGUUCCCAAAGAUAGUGAUUUGUUCUUGGCCAAAAAAAAUGAAGCCUAUCAAAAAUAUCAGAUUUUACUUGAGUUGGAGAAGCUGUUUUCCCCAAUAUUCUCGAAGCUUCCUAUCACAAACCAGUAAGGCGAUGUUGAAAACAUCAACUAUUUCCUGAUUCGGCCCCACUCCAGAGGUACCCUUGUGUUGAUUCAUCUUCUCAUGGUUUCUGUUCAAUGAAGCAGUGUUGUCUCUCCUAAACGUUCACAUUAGAGGGUAAUGAUUCUCAUUAGAGGGACGUAGCACAUAGUUUUUUUUUUUUUUUUAAAUCUAGAAAGUAGUGUAGUGAAUUACUUUUAUGAUCAUAUAGCUAUUGAGUUUGAUUAUGAUACACAUUCAGUGUAGAAAGUUUUAUACUUUUAGCACAUCAUAACCAAAAUAUUGUGCGACUUUGGUACUAGUCAGGAUUAAAGUAAGUUUUUAAUAAUUUGAUGCUUAUGAUUAA